AUGUCCGGAGAUGGCGUCUGGAAGCACAUUGGCCUCCAUGGACACUCGGUGGGUAGCUUUUCCAUGAGCGAAGAAGGCAUUCAGUGGAGGUCUGCCAUGUACGGGCAAGAAGAAGCAACAGCUGCCAUCCGCAAGAUCCCCAAGGAUGCCAUCAAGACUGCAUUUUGGUCCGUCUUUGGAAAGAGCGGACACAUUCGCAUCAAAACGCUCUCCACUAAUGAAAAGUUGCACCACGAAUAUCGAUUCGAUGGCUUUCCCGUAGGAGACUACGAUGCUCUAAAGAAUGAACUCAAUGAAAAAUUCGAAAUAGACUUGGUCAAGUACAACAUGAGCGCGGCUGGAACCCAAUACGGGAUUUCCAAAAUGUCGGGCAAGAAAUUGACAUUUCGUCAUUGCGUCUUGGAAGACGCCGAUGAAGAAGGAGAGGAAUUCGAAGUGCGUCAAGGAGACGAAAUGAUGUCCUUGGAUCUCGCUGAAGUCUCUCAAUGCGUCUUGCCUGGAAACAACAGAAAUGAAAUUGAAUUGCAAUUCCCCGAAACGGACGCUGUCGAAGCCAACAAUGAUCAAUUGGUCAGCAUCCGAUUUUACAUUCCGCCCGACCCAGAAGGCGAUCCCAGUGACCGAACCAUCAAGACACCUGCCGAAUUGCUUCAACAGAAAAUUAUGGGUACAGCCAAUAUUCGCAAGACUACUGGAGAUGUCAUUGUCGAAUUUGAUCCCGACAAGGGUGUCUUUCUUACACCCAGAGGACGCUACUCCAUUGAGUUGUACGAACGAUUCUUUCGCAUGCGGGGUCUCAAGUACGAUUACAAGAUCAAGUACGACGCUAUUUCUAGACUUUUUCUACUGCCAAAGCCCGAUGAAGUCCACAUGGCCUUUGUCAUUGCCUUGGACAAACCUAUUCGGCAGGGACAACAGCGAUACCAACAUUUAGUCUUUCAAACCAACAAGGAUCCCGAUGAAAUUACUGUCAAUCUGGACGAAGAAACGCUCAAGAAGGAAUAUGGCAGUGACUUGCAACCCGUCAUGCGAGGUUCUCUUUCCAACUUGAUUGCCAAGACUUUCAAGGUGAUUGCCAAGAAAAAGGUUUUCAUUCCAGGAAAGUACGCCAAUGCCAAUCAACAGCAUUGUGUCAAAUGUGCCCUUCGUGCCAAUGAAGGGCUUCUGUAUCCCUUGGAAAAGCAAUUUGUCUUCAUUCACAAGCCUCCCGUUUUGGUCCGUUUCAAUGAAGUAGAAAGUGUAGAAUUUCAGCGAUAUGCUGGUGGCCAAGGGUCCACACGCAACUUUGAUUUGUGCGUCACACUCAAGGCCAGUUCCUCCAUGGGGACCACCCAACAAGAGUACACCUUUUCGGGUAUUGAUCGAUCCGACUACUCGAGUCUUUACAAUUUCUUGUCGGGCAAGAAUAUUCGCAUCAAGAACUUGCAAGAUUCCGUCAUGGAAGUGGCACCAAGUGCUCCUGUCUACAAUGAAGAUGAGAUCUACGGAGGUCCCGACGAAGACAUGGCCGAAGAAUCCGAAGAUGAAGACUACGAUGCUGCCGCUGCAGCGGCCGACGAACCAGGAGGAGCUGGCAGCAGUGAAUCCGAAAUGUCCGAAGAUGAUGAGGAUUUGGGAUCCGAGGUGGACGAAGCCUUGGAUUCUGAUCUCGAGGAAGCUCGUGGAAAAAAGAAACCAAAACCAGCGGAGAGUGAUAGCGAAGAAGAAGAGGAGGAUGUAGUAGAAGAAUCUCCCAAGAAGCGCAAAAAGGGCAAGAAGAAGCAGGCGGCGCCUGCCGGUUCGGACGACGAUGAACCAAAAUCGAAGAAACCAAAGAAGGACCCCAAUGCUCCGAAGAGACCUACAUCAGCUUACUUUUUGUGGAUGGGGGAAAAUCGAGCAUCGAUCAAGGACAAAAAUCCAGACAUGUCUUUUGGAGACUUGGCAAGAGAAUGUUCUCGUGUCUACAAGGAGCUUACGCCUGAAGAAAAAGCGCCAUACGACGAAAAGGCAAAUGCGGACAAAGCACGGUACAAAAGCGAAAUGGCAGAUUACACUCCUCCAGCAGGUAGUUCGUCGAAAGCCGAAAAGGGUGGAAAGGGAAAGAAAGCUCCUGCUAAGAAAAAGAAAGAUCCCAAUGCACCAAAGAGGGGUACCACAAGCUUCAUGUACUUCUCAAGUGAAAUGCGGCCCAAGAUCAAAGAAGAAAAUCCUGAUAUCUCGUUUGGUGAUACGGGUAAGGAGCUUGGAGCAAGAUUCAGGGCAUUGUCCCCUGAAGAGAAGAAGAAGUACGAGGACAUGGCCGCCGAAGACAAGAUUCGGUACAAAGGCGAGAUGGAUGCUUAUAAGAAAAAGCAAAAGGCAGAAGCGGAGGCAGAAGCGGAGGCAGAAGAUAGCGACGAUGAUGGAGUCGAUGAUGGUGACAACGGGGAUGAUUCCGAUUCUGACUCUGAUUCUGACUAA